AUGUCAAAAGCGGAGACCAAGAUCAUUCCUGGAACUUGGGUCUUUCCUGUCAAGAGAAAUCCAAGCGGAGAAAUGACCAAAUUCAAGGCAAGAUACUGUGUGAGAGGAGACCUGGAAGAAAUGGAUGUUGACAAAAACACUUUUGCACCUACCGUUGCAUGGAGUACUGUCCGUCUGUUUCUUGUCCUUUUCUUGAUCCUUGGAUGGGCCACCGUCUCGGUUGACUUCAGCAAUGCAUUUGUGCAAUCCAAACUGGACAAACCAAAAUGGGUACACUUACCUCAAGGAUUUGUCUCUCCAAAGGGCAAAGGAACAUGCCUUCAACUCAACAAGUCACUAUAUGGGACCAAAGCUGCUCCCGCGCGAUGGAAUAAGACCGCCGUGGAAGGAUUCACCAAGUGUGGAUUCAAACAAUCCGAUUUUGAUCCAUGUCUUCUAUACAAGAAAGGCAUGAUGGUGGUUCUGUAUGUCGAUGAUGCUGGAAUCGGUGCCAAAGAUCCAGCAGACAUUGACAAGCUCAUUGAGGAACUCAGAGAACUCCAAUUUGAACUAAAGAAAGAAGGCAACUUCAAUGAGUUUCUUGGCAUAAAAUUUGACACACGCAAAGAUGGUUCAGUCGAACUUACCCAGACUGGUUUGAUUGACAAAGUUUUGGAAGCAGCCGGAAUGACCAACUGCAAUCCCAAUCGAAUCCCUGCUACUGGUCCCCUUGGCAAAGAUCCUGAUGGUGAACCUAUAAACGAAGAAUGGAACUAUCAAUCAAUCAUCGGAAUGUUAAUGUACCUCUCGACAAACACACGACCAGACAUUUCCUUUGCUGUCAGCCAAGUGGCACGAUUCUCCUCUGAACCAAAGCAAUCUCAUGCAACCGCUGUGAAAACAAUUCUUCGUUACCUGAAACGCACUCGCACAAAAGGCAUGAUCAUCAAACCUACCGGAAAACUGAACCUUGAUUUGUUUGUCGAUGCCAACUUCUGCGGACUCUACAACACCGAACCUCACACUGAUCCAAACUCCGUUCGAUCACGCACCGGGUUUAUUGUAAAGUUGAGCAAUUGCCCGCUGAUUUGGCGCUCCCAGCUUCAAACAUCCAUCACUUGCUCCACGCUCAAGGCCGAAUACAACGCUCUCUCUUCUGCUCUAAAGACCUUAAUUCCAUUGAAGCGUCUUCUCAUUGAAGCCACCAACCACGUUGAACUUGACAACGGCAUCCGCGCCACCAUUUGGGCCUCAGCAUUUGAAGACAACCAAGGAGCAUAUUUUCUGGCCACCAAUCAAGGAAUCACAUCUUGCACUCGCUGGUAUCUCAACCAGUGGCACUGGUUCUGGCAACACGUCACCAAAGACGGUGUUGGCCCAGAAACUGUUGCCAUCCACAAGCUGGACACAUUGCUCCAAGAUGCUGAUUACUUCACAAAGGCACAGUCUUGUGAACCUUUUGAGAGAAGUGCAAGGGUGGUAACACCUUUGCACCACCACCCUUACCCUUGUACAUUUGCAUCGAGCAGAGAGAUGUAG